GAAAUACAUAUAUGGUAUAUGGAGUUGGCUAAAAUUUCAUGUGAUUCAGUAAACAGAAUAUACAUUCCAUCAUUGCUAGAUCGAUCCGUAUGGUUCGAUAAAUAGUGAGCUAAUAAUGGGAUUUUUCAAUAAACAGGAAACUUAAGAUUAAGAUGCUCCGGAAUGAUGGAAAUGAGGGAAUGUCCACAAUACCUGGAUUUAGUCAGAUCCAAUUUGAGGGAUUUUGUAGGUUCAUUAAUGAGGGCUUGACGGAAGAAUUUCAUAAGUUUCCAAAAAUUGAAGAUACAGAUCAAGAAAUUGAAUUUAAAUUAUUUGUGGAAAGAUAUCAAUUGGUAGAACCCUUGAUAAACGAAAGAGAUGCUGUGUAUGAAUCACUCACAUAUUCUUCUGAAUUAUAUGUACCCGCGGGAUUAAUUUGGAAAACCGGUAGAGAUAUGCAAGAACAAACCGUUUUUAUUGGAAACAUUCCCCUAAUGAAUUCCCUGGGAACCUUUAUAGUAAAUGGAAUAUACAGAAUUGUGAUCAAUCAAAUAUUGCAAAGUCCUGGUAUUUACUACCGUUCAGAAUUGGACCAUAACGGAAUUUCUGUCUAUACCAGCACAAUAAUAUCAGAUUGGGGAGGAAGAUCGGAAUUAGAAAUUGAUAGAAAAGCAAGGAUAUGGGCCCGUGUAAGUAGGAAACAAAAAAUAUCUAUUCUAAUUCUAUCAUCAGCUAUGGGUUCGAAUCUAAGAGAAAUUCUAGAUAAUGUUUGUUACCCUGAAAUUUUCUUGUCUUUCCCGAAUGAUAAGGAGAAAAAAAAGAUUGGGUCAAAAGAAAAUGCUAUUUUGGAAUUUUAUCAACAAUUUGCUUGUGUAGGCGGGGAUCCGGUAUUUUCUGAGUCUUUAUGUAAAGAAUUACAAAAGAAAUUUUUUCAACAAAGAUGUGAAUUAGGAAGGAUUGGUCGACGAAAUAUGAACCGGAGACUGAAUCUUGAUAUACCUCAGAACAAUACAUUUUUAUUACCACGAGAUGUAUUGGCUGCUGCGGAUCAUUUGAUCGGAAUUAAAUUUGGAAUGGGUACACUUGACGAUAUGAAUCACUUGAAAAAUAAACGGAUUCGUUCUAUAGCGGAUCUGUUACAGGAUCAAUUCGGACUGGCUCUUGUUCGUUUAGAAAAUGCGGUUCGAGGAACUAUAUGUGGAGCAAUUCGGCAUAAAUUGAUACCGACUCCUCAAAAUUUGGUAACUUCAACUUCAUUAACAACCACUUAUGAAUCGUUUUUUGGCCUACAUCCUUUAUCUCAAGUUUUGGAUCGAACUAAUCCAUUGACACAAAUCGUUCAUGGGCGAAAAUUGAGUUAUUUGGGUCCUGGAGGAUUGACGGGGCGAACUGCUAGUUUUCGGAUACGAGAUAUUCAUCCUAGCCACUAUGGACGUAUUUGUCCAAUUGACACGUCCGAAGGAAUCAAUGUUGGACUUAUUGGAUCCUUAGCCAUUCAUGUGAGGAUUGGCCAUUGGGGAUCUAUAGAGAGUCCAUUUUAUGAAAUAUCUGAAAGAUCAAAAGAGGCACAGAUAGUUUAUUUAUCACCAAAUAGAGAUGAAUAUUAUAUGGUAGCAGCGGGAAAUUCUUUGGCCUUGAAUCGGGGUAUUCAGGAAGAACAGGUUGUUCCAGCCCGAUACCGUCAAGAGUUCCUGACUAUUGCAUGGGAACAGAUUCAUCUUAGAAGUAUUUUUCCCUUCCAAUAUUUUUCUAUUGGAGCUUCCCUCAUUCCUUUUAUCGAGCAUAAUGAUGCGAAUCGGGCUUUAAUGAGUUCUAAUAUGCAGCGCCAAGCAGUUCCGCUUUCUCAGUCCGAGAGGUGCAUUGUUGGAACUGGACUGGAACGCCAAACGGCUCUGGAUUCGGGGGUUUCCGCUAUAGCCGAACACGAGGGAAAGAUCAUUUAUACUGACCCUCACAAGAUCAUUUUAUCAAGUAAUGGGGACACUACUAUAAGUAUAAGUAUUCCAUUAGUUAUCUAUCAACGUUCCAACAAAAAUACUUGUAUGCAUCAAAAACCUCAGGUUCCGCGGGGUAAAUGCAUUAAAAAAGGACAAAUUUUAGCGGACGGUGCGGCUACAGUUGGGGGGGAACUUGCUUUAGGAAAAAACGUAUUAGUAGCUUAUAUGCCAUGGGAGGGUUACAAUUCUGAAGACGCAGUACUAAUUAGCGAACGUCUGGUAUAUGAAGAUAUUUAUACUUCUUUUCACAUCCGGAAAUAUGAAAUUCAGACUCAUGUGACAAGCCAAGGACCUGAAAGAAUCACUAAGGAAAUACCACAUCUAGAGGCUCAUUUACUCCGCAAUUUAGACAGAAAUGGAGUUGUGAUGCUGGGAUCUUGGGUAGAAACAGGUGAUAUUUUAGUAGGUAAAUUAACACCUCAGACAGCAAACGAAUCGUCGUAUGCUCCAGAGGAUAGAUUAUUACGAGCCAUACUUGGAAUUCAGGUAUCCACUGCAAAAGAAACUUCUCUAAAACUACCUAUAGGCGGAAGAGGUCGCGUUAUUGAUGUGAGAUGGAUCCGGAAAAAGGGGGGUUCCUGUUAUAAUUCAGAAAUGAUUCGUGUAUAUAUUUCACAGAAACGUGAAAUCAAAGUAGGUGAUAAAGUAGCUGGAAGACAUGGGAAUAAGGGUAUCAUUUCAAAAAUUUUGCCUAGACAAGAUAUGCCCUAUUUGCAAGAUGGAACACCUGUUGAUAUGGUCUUCAACCCAUUAGGAGUACCAUCACGAAUGAAUGUGGGACAGAUAUUUGAAUGCUCGCUCGGGUUAGCGGGGGAUCUGCUAAAGAGACAUUAUAGAAUAGCACCUUUUGAUGAGAGAUAUGAGCAAGAGGCUUCGAGAAAACUAGUGUUUUCCGAAUUAUAUGAAGCCAGUAAGCAAACAAAAAAUCCAUGGGUAUUUGAACCCGAAUAUCCGGGAAAAAGCAGAAUAUUUGAUGGAAGAACAGGAAAUCCUUUUGAACAACCUGUUCUAAUAGGAAAGUCCUAUAUUUUAAAAUUAAUUCAUCAAGUUGAUGAUAAAAUCCAUGGACGUUCUAGUGGACAUUACGCACUUGUUACACAACAACCCCUUAGAGGAAGGGCGAAGCAAGGGGGACAACGAGUAGGGGAAAUGGAAGUUUGGGCUCUAGAGGGAUUUGGUGUUGCUCAUAUUUUACAAGAGAUGCUUACUUAUAAAUCUGAUCAUAUUAGAGCUCGUCAAGAAGUACUUGGUGCUACGAUCAUUGGAGGAAGAGUAUCUAACCCAGAAGAUGCUCCAGAAUCUUUUCGAUUGCUCGUUCGAGAACUACGAUCUUUAGCUCUAGAACUGAAUCAUUUCCUUGUAUCUGAGAAGAACUUCCAGAUUAAUAGGAAGGAAGCUUGAUCUGAAUGAAUCAGAAUUUCUAUUCUAUGAUUGACCGGUAUAAACAUCAACAACUUCGAAUUGGACUAGUUUCUCCUCAACAAAUAAAGGCUUGGGCCAACAAAAUUUUACCUAAUGGAGAGAUAGUUGGAGAGGUGACAAAGCCCUAUACGUUUCAUUAUAAGACCAAUAAACCAGAAAAAGAUGGAUUGUUUUGUGAAAGAAUCUCUGGGCCCAUAAAAAGUGGAAUUUGUGCUUGUGGAAAUUAUCGAGUGAUUGGAGCUGAAAAAGAAGACCCGAAAUUUUGUGAACAAUGCGGGGUGGAAUUUGUUGAUUCUCGGAUACGAAGAUAUCAAAUGGGAUACAUCAAACUCGCAUGUCCAGUGACUCAUGUGUGGUAUUUGAAACGUCUUCCUAGUUAUAUCGCGAAUCUUUUAGAUAAACCCCUUAAGGAAUUAGAAGGCCUAGUAUACUGCGAUGUGUGAUUUGAUCAAAAUUUUCGUUUUACAGAUUCGGACUGAGAAACUGUCAUCCCAUUCAAUCCGAUUGGGGUGCCCCCGGCUCUGACAUGUGUUUUGGGAGAAGUAAAAGUAACACGAAACUCAGAAUUAUAGGUGUAUUCAAUACUUCCAAAUGCAAGGGGAAUUGAUCCAUGGUCGAUUCCGUAUAAAUAGGAAUUGCUAGUUAUACCUCGUGAAAAAACACUUUUUUGUGGAAUCAGCUAUUCCAUUUCUUUAUAGAGAGAUUCCGUUUAAGCAAGCAAAUAUAGUAUGGUUACAGAAGUCUAUCUAUCGCAUAUAUGCUUCAAGGGGCAUCAUGGGAUAACCAUCGAGGUGAGUAGGGACCUAAAGGAUCGAAUAGAACGAUAUAUAGACAAGUAAAUCCCUUACGAGUCCCAAAGUAUUCUUUUAAGGGGAUUCAUCAUUUGACGGGAAGUAGACUACUCAAAAAUCCUACAUUUUUAUUUUGUCAUAAGUAAUUCGGAAAAUGAAAGUAAAAAAAGAAGAAUGAAUCGUUGGUCCUUAGUGGGAACUUGAGUAAGGAGUAGUUCUUUGUUUGUAGGGUUUUUCGAACAAACUUUUUAAAUAAGAAAGAAUCCCCUUUUUGAGGUAACUACUUGAGCCGGAUGAAAGGAAACCUUCACGUCCGAUUUUAAAAGGGGGAAUCCAAUCCUACAGGAACCUAUCUCGAUUUUUCUUUUGCUAGGCCCAUAGCGAAAAAACCUACUUUCUUACGAUUACGAGGUUUAUUCGAAUAUGAAAUCCAAUCUCGGAAAUACAGCAUACCACUUUUUUUUACUACCCAAGGCUUCGAGACAUUUCGAAAUCGAGAAAUCUCUACAGGAGCAGGUGCUAUCAGAGAACAAUUAGCCGAUUCAGAUUUGCGAAUUAUUACGGGUAAUUCAUUAGUAGAAUGGAAGGAAUUAGGGGAGGAGGGGUCCACUGGAAAUGAAUGGGAAGAUAGAAAAAUUAGAAGAAGAAAGGAUUUUUUGGUUAGACGCAUGGAAUUAGCUAAACAUUUUAUUCGAACAAAUGUAGAACCAGAAUGGAUGGUUUUGUGCUUAUUACCAGUUCUUCCUCCCGAGUUGAGACCAAUCAUUCAGAUAGAUGGGGGUAAACUAAUGAGUUCGGAUAUUAAUGAACUCUAUAGACGAGUUAUCUAUCGGAAUAAUACUCUUACCGAUCUAUUAGCAACAAGUAGAUCUACGCCAGGGGAAUUAGUAAUGUGUCAGGAGAAAUUGGUACAAGAGGCCGUGGAUACACUUCUUGAUAAUGGGAUCCGUGGACAACCAAUGAGGGAUGGUCAUAAUAAAGUUUACAAGUCAUUUUCAGAUGUAAUUGAAGGCAAAGAGGGAAGAUUUCGUGAGACUCUGCUUGGUAAACGUGUCGAUUAUUCGGGACGUUCCGUCAUUGUCGUGGGUCCUUCGCUUUCAUUACAUCAGUGUGGAUUACCUCGAGAAAUAGCAAUAGAGCUUUUCCAAACAUUUGUAAUUCGUGGUCUAAUCAGACAACAUGUUGCUUCUAACAUAGGAAUUGCUAAAAGUAAAAUUCGGGAAAAAGAACCCAUUGUAUGGGAAAUACUUCAAGAAGUUAUGCGGGGGCAUCCUGUAUUAUUGAAUAGAGCACCCACCCUGCACAGAUUAGGCAUACAGGCGUUCCAACCCUUUUUAGUGGAGGGACGCGCUAUUUGUUUACAUCCAUUAGUUUGUAAGGGUUUCAAUGCAGACUUUGAUGGGGAUCAAAUGGCUGUUCAUGUACCUUUAUCUUUGGAAGCUCAAGCGGAGGCUCGUUUACUUAUGUUUUCUCAUAUGAAUCUCUUGUCUCCAGCUAUUGGGGAUCCUAUUUCCGUACCAACUCAAGAUAUGCUUAUCGGACUCUAUUUAUUAACGAUCGGGAAUCGUCGAGGUAUUUGUGCAAAUAGGUAUAAUCCAUAUAGAUAUAGUUGCGGAAACUACCAAAAUAAAAAGGUUGACAAUAAAAAAAAUGACUAUAGGUAUACGGAAAAGAAAGAACCCUAUUUUUCUAGUUCCUAUGAUGCACUUGGAGCUUAUCAACAGAAACGAAUUAGUUUAGAUAGUCCUUUGUGGCUCCGAUGGAGACUAGAUCAACGUGUCAUUGGCUCAAGAGAAGUUCCCAUCGAAGUUCAAUAUGAAUCUUUGGGUACUUAUCAUGAGAUUUAUGGGCACUAUCUAAUAGAAGGAAGUGUAACAAAGGAAAUCCGUUGUAUAUACAUUCGAACUACUCUUGGUCAUAUUUCUUUUUAUCGGGAAAUAGAAGAAGCCAUACAGGGGUUUUGUCGAGCCUACUCAUACGCUAUCUAAACUAAGAAAUCAGAUUAGGCGAUGUUCGUGCCCAUGGGAAUUCGGGUCUCCCCAAUUUCACUGGUAUCAUAAUUUCUGAAUUUCUGCGUGAAUCAAGAUUGAGAUUGAGGAAAGGAAGUUUUCGAAUCACUAACUCAGGUCCAUUGUCGAAUCCUACUUAGCAGAAUAAAUAUAAGAGGUACUGUACUUAUGGCAGAACGGGCCGAUCUGGUCUUUCACAAUAAAGUGAUAAAUGGAACUGUUAUGAAACGACUUAUUAGCAGGUUAAUAGAUCAUUUCGGAAUGGCAUAUACAUCACAUAUCUUGGAUCAAGUAAAGACUUUGGGUUUCCAACAAGCCACUGCUACAUCUAUUUCAUUAGGAAUUGAUGAUCUUUUAACAAUCCCUUCUAAGGGAUGGUUAGUCCAAGACGCUGAACAACAAAGUUUUAUUUUGGAUAAACACCAUCAUUAUGGGAAUGUACACGCGGUAGAAAAAUUACGUCAAUCCAUUGAGAUAUGGUAUGCUACAAGUGAAUAUUUGAGACAAGAAAUGAAUCCUAAUUUUCGGAUGACUGAUCCUUCUAAUCCAGUAUAUCUAAUGUCCUUUUCGGGAGCUAGGGGAAAUGCAUCUCAGAUACACCAAUUAGUAGGUAUGAGAGGAUUAAUGUCGGAUCCCCAAGGACAAAUGAUUGAUUUACCCAUUCAAAGCAAUUUACGUGAAGGACUUUCUUUGACAGAAUAUAUAAUUUCCUGUUAUGGAGCCCGCAAAGGAGUUGUAGAUACUGCUGUACGAACAUCAGAUGCUGGAUACCUCACACGUAGACUUGUUGAAGUAGUUCAACAUAUUAUUGUACGUAGAACAGAUUGUGGCACUAUCCGAGGUAUUUCCGUGAGUCCUCGAAAUGGGAUGACGGAAAAAAUUUUUGUCCAAACACUAAUUGGUCGUGUAUUAGCGGACGAUAUAUAUAUCGGUCUACGAUGCCUUGCCACUCGAAAUCAAGAUAUUGGGAUUGGACUUGUCAAUCGAUUCAUAACCUUUCGAGCACAACCAAUAUAUAUUCGAACCCCCUUUACUUGCAGGAGACAUCUUGGAUCUGCCAAUUAUGUUAUGGUCGGAGUCCUACUCAUGGCGACCUGGUCGAAUUGGGAGAAGCUGUAGGUAUUAUUGCGGGUCAAUCAAUUGGGGAACCAGGAACUCAACUAACAUUAAGAACUUUUCAUACCGGUGGAGUAUUCACAGGCGGUACUGCCGAGCAUGUACGAGCUCCUUCUAAUGGAAAAAUAAAAUUCAAUGAGGAUUUGGUUCAUCCCACACGUACCCGUCAUGGGCAUCCUGCUUUUCUAUGUUCUAUAGACUUGUAUGUAACUAUUGAGAGUCGGGAUAUUCUACAUAAUGUAAAUAUUCCACCAAAAAGUUUUAUUUUAGUUCAAAAUAAUCAAUAUGUAGAAUCAGAACAAGUGAUUGCUGAGAUUCGUGCUGGAACGUCCACUUUUCAUUUUAAAGAGAAGGUACGAAAACAUAUUUAUUCUGAAUCAGAGGGAGAAAUGCACUGGAGUACCGAUGUCCACCAUGCACCUGAAUAUACAUAUGGUAAUGUUCAUCUAUUAUCAAAAACGAGUCAUUUAUGGAUAUUAGCGGGAGGUCCGUGCAGAUCCAGUAUAGUGUCUUUUUCGCUCCACAAGGAUCAAGAUCAAAUGAAUGUUUAUUCUUUUUCUGUCGAAGAAAGAUAUAUCUCUGACCUAUCAAUGACUAAUGGUCGAAUAAGACAUAAAUUGUUGGAUACUUCUGGUAAAAAAGAUAAGAAAAUUAUUGACUAUUCAAUAAGACCUGAUCAAACGAUGUCUAAUGGUCAUUUGAAUUUCAUAUAUCCUUCUAUUAUCCAAGGGAAUUCUUAUUUCUUGGCGAAAAAGCGAAGAAAUAGAUUCAUCAUCCCAUUACAAUACAAUCAAGAACGAGAGAAAGAACUAAUACCCUGUUUUGGUAUUUCGAUCGAAAUACCAAAACAGGGUAUUUUACGUAGAAAUAGUAUUCUUGCUUAUUUUGAUGAUCCACGAUACAGAAGAAGCAAUUCAGGAAUUACUAAAUAUGGAACCGUAGAGGUCAAUUCAAUCAUAAAAAAAGAGGAUUUGAUUGAGUAUCGAGGACCAAAAGAAUUUAGUCCGAAAUACCAAACGAAAGUAGAUCGGUUUUUUUUCAUUCUCGAAGAAGUGCAUAUCUUACCCGGAUCUUCGUUGAUAAUGGUCCGGAACAAUAGUAUCAUUGGAGUAGAUACACAACUCGCUUUAAAUACAAGAAGUCGAGUAGGCGGAUUAGUCCGAGUGGAGAGAAAAAAAAAAAAUAUUGAACUAAAAAUAUUUUCCGGAGAUAUUUAUUUUCCUGGAGAGGCAGAUAAGAUAUCCAGGCACAGCGGCAUUUUGAUACCACCGGAAACAGAAAAAAAAAUUUCUAAGGAAUCAAAAAAAUGGAAAAAUUGGAUCUAUGUCCAACGGAUCACACCUACCAAGAAAAAGUAUUUUGUUUUGGUUCGACCCGUAGUCACAUAUGAAAUAGCUGAUGGCAUAAAUUUAGCAACACUUUUUCCUCAAGAUCUCCUGCGGGAAAAGGAUAAUGUCCAACUUAGAGUUGUCAAUUAUAUCCUUCAUGGAAAUGGCAAGUCAAUUCGAGGAAUUUCUCACACAAGUAUUCAAUUAGUUCGGACUUGCUUAGUAUUGAAUUGGGAUCAAGAGCAAAAAGGUUCUCCGGAAGAGGUUCACGCUUCCUUUGUUGAGGUAAGAACAAAUGAUCUGAUUCGAGAUUUCAUAAGAAUUGAGUUAGUCAAGUCCACUAUUUCGUAUACCGGAAAAAGAUAUGAUAGGGCAAGUUCCGGAUUGAUUUCCGAUAAUGGAUUAGAUCGCACAAAUAUCAAUCCUUUUUUUUACAAGGCCAGGAUUCAAUCACUUACCCAACAUCAAGGUACUAUUGGUACAUUGUUAAAUCGAAAUAAGGAAUGCCAAUCUUUGAUAAUUUUGUCAUCAUCCAAUUGUUUUCGAAUUGGCCCAUUCAAUGGUUCAAAAUAUAACAAUAUGACAAAAGAAUCGGAUCCCAUAAUCCCAAUUAAGGAUUUGCUGGGUCCCUUAGGCACUAUUGUACCUAAAAUAGCAAAUUUCUAUUCAUCUUACCAUUUAAUAACUUAUAAUCAGAUCUUGUUAAAGAAAUAUUUGCUACUUGACAAUUUUCAACAGACUUUCCAAGUACUUCAAGUACUUAAAUACUGUUUAAUAGAUGAAAAUAGGAGGAUUUAUAACCCCGAUCCAUGCAGUAACAUCAUUUUGAAUCCAUUCCAUUUGAAUUGGCACUUUCUCCAUCACGAUUAUUGGGAAGAGACAUCUAAAAAAAUUCGUCUUGGACAAUUUUUUUGUGAAAAUGUAUGUCUAUUCAAAUACGAACCACACGUAGAAAAAUCUGGUCAGAUCAUAAUUGUUCAUGUUGACUCCUUAGUUAUAAGAUCGGCUAAGCCCUAUUUGGCCACUCCAGGAGCUACUGUUCAUGGCCAUUAUGGAGAAAUCUUUUACGAAGGAGAUACAUUAGUUACAUUUAUAUAUGAAAAAUCGAGAUCUGGUGACAUAACGCAAGGUCUUCCAAAAGUGGAACAAAUCUUAGAAGUACGUUCUAUUGAUUCAAUAUCGAUGAACCUCGAAAGGAGAGUUGAAGGUUGGAACGAAGGUAUACCAAAAAUUCUUGGAAUCCCCUGGGGAUUCUUGAUUCAAGCGGAGCUAACCAUAGUUCAAAGUCGUAUCUCUUUGGUUAAUAAAAUCCAAAAGGUUUAUCGAUCCCAGGGGGUACAGAUCCAUAAUAGACAUAUAGAGAUUAUUGUACGUCAAGUAACAUCAAAAGUGUUGGUUUCAGAAGAUGGAAUGUCUAAUGUUUUUUCACCUGGGGAAUUAAUCGGAUUGUUGCGAGCGGAACGAGCGGGGCGCGCUUUGGACGAAGCGAUCUCUUAUCGGGCAAUCCUAUUGGGAAUAACGAGGGCAUCUUUGAAUACUCAAAGUUUCAUAUCCGAAGCAAGUUUUCAAGAAACCGCUCGAGUUUUAGCAAAAGCUGCUCUACGAGGUCGUAUUGAUUGGUUGAAAGGCCUGAAAGAGAACGUUGUUCUGGGUGGGAUUAUACCCGUUGGUACCGGAUUCAAAAAAUUAGUGCACCGUUCAAGGCAAGACAAGAACAUUUAUUUGGAAAUCAAAAGAAAGAAUCUAUUCGAUUUGGAAAUGAGAGAUAUUUUGUUACACCAUAGAGAAUUAUUUUGUUCUUACGUCCCAUUUCCAUGAGACAUCAGAACAAUCGUUUACGCGAUUUCAUGAUUCCUAAGAGCAGAUUCUUUUACUUUAACUAUCUUUUCACUUUUAACUAUCUGUCUUUUAACUUAACUAUCUGGUCCGAGUAUUGAUUUGGUAAAAAAAAAAUAAGUAAUUAAAAGACAUUAAUGGUUUGUACCGUGUAUCAACGGUUAAUUCCCGGUAGAAGGUUCCAUCGGAACAAUUAUUUAUUUCAAAGUACCUCGUCUCUUUGUUAAAAAAAUAAAAAAGAAAAAACAAAAAGGAAGUGUGGGGAAAAAUGACAAGAAGAUAUUGGAACAUCAAUUUGGAAGAGAUGAUGGAGGCCGGAGUUCAUUUUGGUCAUGGUACUAAGAAAUGGAAUCCUAGAAUGGCCCCUUACAUCUCUGCAAAGCGUAAAGGUAUUCAUAUUACAAAUCUCACUAGAACGGCUCGUUUUUUAUCAGAAGCCUGUGAUUUAGUUUUUGAUGCAGCAAGUAGGGGAAAAAACUUCUUAAUUGUUGGUACCAAAAAUAAAGCAGCGGAUUCAGUAGCAUCAGCUGCAAUAAGGGCCCGGUGUCAUUAUGUUAAUAAAAAAUGGCUCGGUGGUAUGUUAACGAAUUGGUCUACUACGGAAACGAGACUUCAAAAGUUCAGGGAUUUAAGAGCAGAACAAAAGAUGGGGAAACUCAACCGUCUUCCCAAAAGAGAUGCCGCAAUGUUGAAGAGAAAAUUAUCUGCCUUGCAAACAUAUCUCGGCGGUAUCAAAUAUAUGACGGGAUUGCCUGAUAUUGUGAUCAUCGUUGAUCAGCAAGAAGAAUAUAUGGCUCUUCGAGAAUGUGUAAUUUUAGGGAUUCCGACGAUUUGUUUAAUCGAUACAAAUUGUGACCCCGAUCUCGCAGAUAUUUCGAUCCCAGCCAAUGAUGACGCUAUAGCUUCAAUCCGAUUGGUUCUUAACAAAUUAGUAUCCGCAAUUUGUGAGGGCCGUUGUAGCUAUAUAAGAAAUCGUUGAUUAUGAUUAAGAAUAAUUAGUUAAUUAUUUGGGGAUUUUAUAGAUUUAUUGGAUCGGUUACUAUUCUUGAAUUAAAAAAAAGAAAAAACAAAAUGGAAAUGUGGGCAUAUUGAUAAUAUGUUAUGAUGUUAUGUGAUUUCUUGGUAUCCUAUGUAAUUUCUUGAUAUCCUAAAUAUACGAUUGAUGAAUACAAUUAGUGAUUCAAGUUGGUGAGUUGAGAAAGAGAUGGUUGAAUCAAAAUAAUUUAUUUUUUGAAGUUCAAUUUUUGUUAGAGGACCAUAUGAAUGUUAUACCAUGUUCCAUUAAAACACUCAAGGGGUUAUACGAUAUAUCGGGUGUAGAAGUAGGCCAACAUUUCUAUUGGCAAAUAGGAGGUUUACAAGUCCAUGCCCAAGUACUUAUCACUUCUUGGGUAGUAAUUGCUAUCUUAUUAGGUUCGGUGAUCCUAGCUGUUCGGAAUCCACAAACCAUUCCGACCGGCGGUCAGAAUUUCUUCGAAUAUGUCCUUGAAUUUAUUCGAGACUUGAGCAAAACCCAGAUUGGAGAAGAAUAUGGUCCUUGGGUUCCCUUUAUUGGAACUAUGUUCCUAUUUAUUUUUGUUUCUAACUGGUCAGGUGCUCUUUUACCUUGGAAAAUUAUACAGUUACCUCAUGGGGAGUUAGCUGCGCCCACGAAUGAUAUAAAUACUACUGUUGCUUUAGCUUUACUCACGUCAGUCGCAUAUUUUUAUGCGGGUCUUAGCAAAAAAGGAUUGGGUUAUUUUGGGAAAUACAUUCAACCAACUCCAAUACUUUUACCAAUUAACAUCCUAGAAGAUUUCACAAAACCCUUAUCUCUUAGUUUUCGACUUUUCGGGAAUAUAUUGGCUGAUGAAUUAGUAGUUGUCGUUCUUGUUUCUUUAGUCCCUUCAGUAGUUCCUAUACCUGUCAUGUUUCUUGGAUUAUUUACAAGUGGUAUUCAAGCUCUUAUUUUUGCAACGUUAGCUGCGGCUUAUAUAGGUGAAUCCAUGGAGGGUCAUCAUUGACUAGCUUUCAAAAUAGUCUUUUUAUUAUUAUUUUUUAUUAUUAUUAUUAAGUAAGUUUAUCCCAAUUCAUGCGUGGUUCAAGAUAAUCCAAUUGGUUGGGGAACAUAAUAACGUAUUACUAUAUGACUUAGAGUUUUAGGAGAAAAGAUGGACGGUAUUACAGAAUUGUAAAAAAAAAAAGAAGGGUUGGGGAGGUUAUACUAGAUGUAUGUAAUGUCUAUAAGCUCGGACCCCGUCUAUGUUUCUAGGAAUGAUUCUAGAAUCCGAUUUAAUCUAAAAAAAAUGCGGGUGGUUUACGUUAUGGAAGAAACAAAUAUAUAUGUCAUAUUAGAAUGACAUUAGAUAUUCAUUAGUUAUAUAAGGCUAUCCCUAUCAUCCUAUAUAACAUCACUAUAUUACAUAAUUACAUGCUAUUACUUAAUUACAUGCUAUUACUUAAUUACAUACUAUUACUAUUUUUAUAAUCAUAACUUCUACUCUGUAAUCAUAAUAUAAUCCUAUACAUAAUAUAAAAUAUAAUCCUAUACAUAAUAUAAUCCUAUAAUGAUAAUAUAAUAUAAUAAUAAUAUUAAUAUAAUAAUAAUAUAAUAAAUAUAAUAAUAAAUAAUAAUAAAUAAAUAAAUAAAUAUAAGUAAAUAAAUAUAAGUAAUAAAAUAAGUAUUAGUUAACAUUAAUAAUUAGUUUAAUAGUUAAUAUUAAUAUAAGUAUUAAUAUUCAUAUGUAAAAUAUCUAAGUAUCAAUUAAGUAUUAGUUAAUAUAAUCAUUUAUAAUUAUAUUAUCGAUAAUUAUUAGUAUUAAUUAUUACUAUAUAUUGAUAUUGGUACUACUACAUACUUUUAUAUUACUACAUAUUGAUAUAUUGAUAUUGAUUUGUAUUGGUAUUAAUUUGAUUGAUAUUGAUUGCAGCUCACACUGCAUUUAGUCACACUCCAUUUAGACGGAUUUCAAUAUCAGUCCUUCUAUUUUGUCUGUGAUUGUGGAUUGAAUGAACAAAGAGAUGAACUCAAGAAUGGUGUAGUAAAGAACGAAGAAUUAAAUGAAAGAGUGGUUCGAAACAAAGAAAUACAAUAGUUAGAACUGUAUGCAUAUGGAUUUACAAAAACUCCAUUAUGGGUAAAAACGAGAUAGUUGUGACGAUUCAGUUCAGUAAUUUAGUAAUAUUAUCAUUUCAAUUCGGAGUUUUUAGUUACUUCGGACCGCUGGAUCUUAAUGAUAAAAUGAGUAAUAAUUCAUUGGUUGAUUGUAUCAUUAACCAUUUCUUUUUUUUUGUGCGAGGAACUUACCAUGAAUCCACUGAUUUCUGCCGCUUCCGUUAUUGCUGCUGGAUUGGCCGUGGGGCUUGCUUCUAUUGGACCUGGAGUUGGUCAAGGUACUGCUGCAGGCCAAGCUGUAGAAGGUAUUGCGAGACAACCAGAAGCAGAGGGUAAAAUACGAGGUACUUUAUUGCUUAGUCUAGCUUUUAUGGAAGCUUUAACAAUUUACGGACUGGUCGUGGCGUUAGCGCUUUUAUUUGCGAAUCCUUUUGUUUAAUCCUAGAAAUAAAUAGAAAAAAGUACCUUACAUACUUUUUUCUUAUUUUAUUAACUUUAACUUGGAAUUGCCCUUUGCUUCUUCGAAUUAUAUUUACACUUUACUUAUAAAUUACUUAUUUGUUGAGACAAUACGCCAGGAAGGGCUGAUUUGAGGAUGAGGAAUUACCAGAUUCGCUUGCUUUCUUCCUUUCUGUCCUUAGCUUAGUACAAUAGAAAACUUUUUUACUUUCAUUGUUCGAAGCGUUUCAACAAACGAAAUAGUUAUCAAUUGAUAUGAGAUCUAAGACCUAAGUAAAGUAUCUUAUUGGAAACUUCUUGAAAACUUAAAAAAUAAUAAAUUUCAAACAAAUGAUUUAAUCUAUUGCCAUUAAAUAAAGUGGAAAUGAAAUUAAUAAAAAGAAAUCGAUCAAAAAAAGGCGAGUGAAGUGAUACAAAAAGAACUCUGUUCUUUGUUAGUCCUAUCCAUAAGAGAGGGGAGCAUAUGAAAAAUGUAAUCGAUUCUUUCGUUUCCUUGGGUCACUGGCCAUCCGCCGGGAGUUUCGGGUUUAAUACCGAUAUUUUAGCAACAAAUCCAAUAAAUCUAAGUGUAGUGCUUGGUGUAUUGAUUUAUUUUGGAAAGGGAGUGUGUGCGAGUUGUGUAUUUCAAGAAUAGGUUGGAUCCAUCCAGCUGCACUUUAUUUAUGGUAUUUAUAGGAGAAAUAGGAAAAAGGUGCACGAUCUCGACGAAUUACUUCUGAAUAAAUUAAGAAAUCAUAUGUAAGAACCAUAGCAUUUCGUGACUUAUUGGUAAAUCCACUUUGAUUCUCUAUCAACCAAUAAUGUGAGACCAUUAACAUGGUUAAAGCUAAAUUGUUUAAAGUCCAGGUAAAACAUGGUACUCUUUCUACCACUUCUACCACUACGUUAGUAACGAAAUGGUUAAAAAAAAAAUAGUUGGUAAUUUAUUUGAUUUGAUAUAGAACACUCAUAUCGAUAAAAGAAUUUGAACCAUUUACUAGAAAAAUGAGCACUUUGCUUUUUUUAUCUAAUGCCGAAAUGACGACCUAUGUAUAAAAAAAGAGGAAUUUUUGGACUUGAAGAAACAAAUAAAAAAUAUAAUAAUUAUUAUUUUCAUUUUUUUAAAAUGAAAAAUGAAAUAGAAUUCUAAAAAUGAAAAUGAUAAAUAAAAUACAAAACAAAUAUAAAUAAAAUACAAAUAAAGAAACAACUUUGCUGACAAUUCUAGAUUUUUGUCUGGUCUAGUCGGAAGAGUCCUCCUGAUAUUCUGGUCUUGUAUCAGUUUUGACAUCUUUGAAUACAAACAGAAAAGAGAGGGUAGGCUCAUUACAUUAAAAAAGAUAUGGGAAUACCCACACCAUAAAUAAAACAUUAAAAAAGAUAUGGGAAUACCCACACCAUAAAUAAAAUAAAUAAUUGAGCGUGAGAGCCAAAUGAAUCGAAAGAUUCAUGUUUGGUUCGGGAAGAGAUCAUGGAAGUUUUGAAAUUAAUGAUAAGAUAAUCUACUUUCAUUAAAUGAUUUAUUAGAUAAUCGAAAACAGAGGAUUUUGAAUACUAUUCGAAAUUCGGAAGAAUUACGUAAAGGGGCCAUUGAGCAGCUCGAAAGAGCCCGGGCUCGCUUACGUAAAGUGGAAA